AAGAUGUAAGAUAUGGAAACAACAAAACUGCAGGUGUAAAUGAGCCACUGACACGCUGGGCCUUGAUGAUGGGCCCCAGCGGGUACACUGAAUGUCUGGCACAGGCUAUCCAGGUAACCAGCAAGAGCCCAUUUUACAUCUGUGGAAACAGAACCAGACAAGGAUGACCAGAUGUGUGCAGGAGUCACACAGCUGACCUAUGGCCGGUGGACUCUCACCUUAACCUCUAGCUCUCAGCUGUGCCUUUUCUUUUUUUCGUAACAUUAUGUUGCCUUAAUUCUCUCAAGUUGUAUUUGUCCUGUUAGUAGGGUGGUUGGGUUUUUUGUUGUUGUUUUUUGUACUGGGGAUUGAGCCCAGAGACUACUGAGCUACAUCCCCAACCCUUACUAGUUUUUGUUCGUUUGUCUUGAGACAGGUCUGAAGUAGCCCAAGCUGUCCUCAAAUUUCCCAUCCUCCUGCAUGUGCCUCCAGAGCUGGUGGGAUUACAGGUGUUCACCACUUGCAGCUCUGCUCGUAAUUACUGAUGUUGGAGGCCAAAUCUCGAUGUGAGGCCUCCGCAGCCACCUAACUGUGUACAUUCACUUACCGGGGGUACACUGGUCCUCCUCCUGAAGGAAACAAUUCCUGACAAAUACUGUCAAAUCACGUUAUCCCUCGCCAACUCUGCCUUUUUAAUUACAAAUCAUACUUUGACAAGAUCUGACAUUUAGAGUCAGAGGGCACACAUUACUGAACACCCUCCCCCUAGUACCGUGGUUUUUUUUUGUAGGACUACCGUUCAAAAUAUCCUUUGGAAAACAACCUGCCCAUAACACCCCCUGGAGCCUGAGAGUCUACUGCUUUUUUUUAAAGAGCAGAAUAAAUUUAUUGAGGGAAAGAAAGCUUCUGUCCAAGGGAGGGACAGAAGGGGGCCCAAAUGGGUUGCCCGACUAUACGGCUUGACUAACAUUCUUUAACUACUUUCUAAACAGCGACUACACUAGCUUUGAUAUGCUUCCAGGAAAAGAGCAAUUGACCCCGUGGGACGACUGCAGGGUGGGCUGCUGGAAUGACUUCUUAGGACGGCCAGCCUUUGAGUCUGAGUUUCUCAGCUACUAGCUUUUGCAACUAUGGUCAGGUGACUUCACCAAGUCUCAGUUUUCCCUUCUGAAAAGCCAGCGAGUACAGCAAAACAGACCCUCCUCAUAGCGCUAUCAUGAAGUGAGAGAGUCACAACAGGAAGAUUUUUGGAGCACUUAUCACGGACCCAGCAAGUUCCAUGAAUCGCCUCAUUUAAUUCGGAGGGCCAUACAGGUACUAUCGCCCUUUUACAGGUGCACGGGCCGAGAAGCGAAGGCUGAAAUCUGCCCGGGUCUCACUCCUGGGUUCUUGGGCCCUCCUCGCCUCUGCACUUUUUUUUUUUCCUUCCUUCCGAAAAGUAGCACUUAGUCCUUCAAAAUAUGUAGUGAGAGCAAUGGACCCGACUGCCAUUACCAUCAUAACCCCUAAAAAAUAUCCGGGCAACCUGGGCUCCAGGUAGGACAGCGGUCACAAACGCUCCGGUCGGAGAGACCAAAGAACCUCACGUUUCCGAAGGUCCAGGGCGGCGCCUGCGCAGAUCCGCGGAGGGAGGUGGGACCAGCAGGAAGAUGACACGGCUGCACGCAGCGCGAGCGUGUGCGCAAACUCCUUGGGCGCGGGGGCGUGGCUUGUUAGGGCCCUGGCGGCCAGGCGGAGUCGGCGUCAGCGUCAGCGCACACUCCUUGGGCGGGAGGCGGGACGGCGCGGCGACGCGGCUGACGUGGAGGGUGCGGGUUAGCGGGCGCGGCGGGCUCUGGGAUUGGGGAGCCACGGGCCUGGCCGGGCCCCUGGGCCUGAGGCGGCGGCAGCGGCGGCGGUAUAAAGCCGGCGGCGGGGAGCAUGUAAUGUCGGAAUGCGGAGGCCGCGGCGGCGGCGGCAACAGCAGCAGCGACGACGCCGAGGACGAGGGUGGCGGUGGCGGCGGCCCGGCGGGUCGAGCAAAAGAUGUGAUAAUACCAGCAAAGCCACCUGUCAGCUUUUUCUCCUCGAGGUCUCCGGUCCUUGACCUCUUCCAGGGGCAGCUGGACUAUGCAGAGCACAUUCGCCGGGAUUCAGAGGUGGUACUGCUGUUCUUCUAUGCUCCAUGGUGCGGCCAGUCCAUCACUGUCAGGGCAGAAAUUGAGCAUGCAGCAAGCCGACUUUCUGACCAGGUGUUGUUUGUGGCAAUUAACUGUUGGUGGAACCAGGGGAAAUGCAGAAAACAGAAACACUUCUUUUAUUUUCCUGUAAUACAUCUGUAUCAUCGGAGUUUUGGACCAAUCGAGUACAAAGGCCCCAUGAGUGCUGUUUACAUUGAGAAGUUUGUCCGACGAGUGAUGAAACCACUUCUCUACAUCCCGUCUCAAUCAGACUUACUAGAUUUUCUCUCAAACUAUGAGCCUGGAGUACUUGGGUACUUUGAGUUCAGUGGCUCACCCCAGCCUCCUGGCUAUUUGACCUUCUUCACCUCAGCAUUAUAUUCAUUAAAGAAAGAUUACCUAGGAACAGUACGAUUUGGGGUUAUCACAAAUAAACAUCUUGCGAAACUGGUUUCCUUAGUACACUCUGGAAGUGUGUAUUUACAUAGACAUUUCAACACAUCACUUGUCUUCCCCAAGGAGGUCAUGAACUUCACAGCUGAGAACAUCUAUAAGUGGGCCUCAGAAAACCGAGAGACACUCUUUCAGUGGCUGCAGCCCCAUGGAGGCAAGAGUCUCCUGCUGAAUAACGAGCUGAAGAAGGGACCGGCACUCUUCCUGUUCAUACCAUUCGAUCCUUUAGCCGAGAGGCAUCCCCUAAUAAAUGAGAUCACCGAAGUGGCCUUGGAGUACAACAACUGUCAUAGGGACCAGGUGGUGGAGCGUCUCCUUCAGCAUCUGCGGCAGGUCGAUACACCGAUGUCGCAGUCAUUGGCACCAGAGCCAUCAUCUCCGCUGCCAGACACAUCACUAACAGCAGCAUUGCCCUGCUGCAACACCGUGGUGCUGCCCCAGGGGCACUCCUUUUCCAGGACCCAUAACAUCUGCGAGCUGUGUGUCAACCAGACUGCUGGGGGCAUCCGGCCGAGCUCAGUCAGUGCACCGCAAUGCAGCUUCUUCCAGAUGGCAGCAACUUUGGAUUCCUUCUACCUCAAGGAGCAGACCUUUUAUCACGUGGCAUCAGACAGCAUGAAAUGCAGCAAUUUUUUAACUUCCUAUAGCCCUUUUAGCUAUUACACUGCAUGUUGCAGGACCAUAAACAGGGGCGGGGUAAGCUUCAUUGAUUCUGAACAAGGUAUCUUUAAAACCCCAGGCACUGCGUUUUCUUCCCUGAAGAAGUGUGAGGCCACCACCGCCAGCUCUGUUCCUCACAUUGAGGAGAACAGGUAUCUCUUCCCUGAAGUGGGCAUGACCAGCACCACCUUCACAGGCCUGAGCUGCAGAACCAACAAAACCCUGAACAUCUACCUUUUGGAUUCCAAUCUAUUUUGGUUAUAUGCCCAGAGACUGGGUGCUCCAAGCUCCACCCACGUGAAGGAAUUUGCCACAAUUGUUGAUGUGAAAGAAGAGUCUCACUAUAUCUUGGAUCCAAAACAAGUACUCAUGAAGUUCACCUUAGAAUCUUUUAUUCAAAACUUUAGCAUUCUCUACAGUCCCUUGAAAAGACAUCUCAUUGGAAGUGAUUCUGCCCAGUUCCCUGCUCAGCAUUUAAUCACUGAAGUAACAACUGAUACCUUCUGGGAAGUCAUCCUUCAGAAACAGGAUGUCUUGCUGCUCUAUUAUGCACAGUGGUGCGGCUUCUGUCCAUCCCUCAAUCACAUCUUCAUCCAACUUGCUCGUCUCCUGCCAGUGGAUACAUUCACUAUGGCCAGGAUUGAUGUGUCUCAGAAUGAUCUUCCUUGGGAAUUUAUGGUUGACCGGCUUCCUACCAUCUUGUUUUUUCCCUGCAACAGAAAAGAUCUAAGUGUGAAAUACCCUGAAGACCUCCCCAUCACCCUUCCAAACCUGCUGAGAUUCAUCUUGCAUCACUCAGACCCUGCCUUCGCCCCUCAGAAUGUGGCCAGCACCCCUUCCAGAGGUUGUCUCCAGAGCGAGGCCGCCUUACAGCAGGGACACAUCUCCCACUUGGAGAGAGAGAUCCAGAAACUGCGAGCAGAGUUAAGCAGCCUUCACCGAGCACAGGUGCAAGUAGAGGGUCAGCUGUCCAGUGCCCGCAGGGAUGAGCGCCGGCUGCGCAGGCAACAGCAGGCACUGGAGCAGCAGCACAGCCUGCUGCGGCAGCACAGCGAGCAGCUGCAGGCCCUGUAUGCGCAGAAGGCCCGUGAGCUUGAGGAGCUGGCUGAUGCCUCAGAGACUCUCCUCACCGAGAACACAUGGCUCAAGAUCCUGGUGGCCACCAUGGAGAGAAAGCUGCAGGGCCAGGACGGGGCCGAGGACCCGACCCCGCUGCGAGAAGCACACCCUGACCACCCUGAGCCUGCAGGUGCCCCCCUGUUACCCAGUGGGACUCCCCUGCCUUCCAAUGCCAGCUCCCCAGUGGCAUCUGAGAGGAAUGAGAACAGGACAGACUAACUUGAAGUAAUGAAGGAAUCAGAGGUGAAAACUGUACAUUGGGAAUAUAUUUAUGCAAAUUUUAUUGAAACUUAUUGUAAAUAAAGAUUUUCUCAGUGGUCUAGAAAA